AUGGAACUCUUCACCCAGCCAGGAGACCUUCUCAUCGGGGGACUAUUUCUGGUCUACUCUGGGUACGAUAUUCAGCAGCCAGACUUCCAGCAGACACCGAGGCCAUCUCCGUGUAAGGGGUUCCAUAUCCGCUAUUACCGGGAUGUCCUCGGCUUCAUGUUUGCAAUGGAGGAGAUUAACCGGUCCCCGGACCUGCUGCCUAAUGUCACCCUCGGCUUCAGCCUCCUCCACUCCUGCAUGUCAGAACUGCGUGCCAUUGGCGGGGCUCUGUCCCUGCUGUCAGGCGCUGGACAUCCCAUUCCCCAAUAUGACUGUCGCCCCACCUCUACCAUGAUUGGGAUUGUUGGAGAUAUGGCUUCCUCUCUGUCUAUUCCCAUCGCCAGGAUCCUGGGGGUUCACCACCAUCCACAGAUCAGUCACGGGGCCUCCCUGUCCUCCUUGAGCAACAAAGUGGACUUCUCAUCAUUCCUGCGCACCGUGUCCAGUAACGUGUUCCAGAGCAUCGCUCUUGCUCGGCUCAUUGGCCAGUUCGGUUGGACUUGGGUGGGCAUGCUGGUUGUGGACAAUGAUGUAGGGGAGCAGGGCGGGCGAGCCAUCAGGGCAGAGUUAGAGAGAAGCGGAAGCUGCCUUGCUUUCUCAGAGAAGAUCCACCUGAGCUACACACGGAGACAAGUCCUGAGGGUGGUGGACGUCAUACGAUGGAGCUCUGCCAACGUGAUUGUCCUCCACAGCACCGAGGCUCACAUGAAGGCCCUGCUGGAUGCCAUGUUUGAUGAGGGCGUGACUGGGAGAACGUUCAUCUCCUCAGCUUCCUUCACAAUCACGGCAGGGCUCUUCUCCAGAAAGGCCUGGGCCGUCCUCAAUGGUACCAUAGGCCUGGUGCCUAGCACGGGAACUAUGCCAGGCUUCCAGGUGUUUCUGCAAAACUUAUGCCCUUCCUUCAAUGCUACUUACCCCUUUAUUAUGCCCUUCUGGGAAAUUGCAUUUAACUGCACGUGGUCAAACGGCAAAGUGGAGCCUGGCACGGAUGCAGGGACCACGCCAACGUUGUGCACCGGAGAAGAACACCUGACUCCGCUGAUUCCAUCAUUAUUUGAGACUUAUGACCUCAGUUACACGUACCACGCCUACCUGGCUGUAUACGCCUAUGCGCAUGCCCUGCAUAGCCUGCUCAGUUGCCAGUCAGGCAGCGGGCACGGGGCGUGCGGCAGUGUCAGCAGGAUCCGUCCCUGGCAGGUCCUGCACUCACUCAAGAAAACCCCUUUCCAGGCCCGCUCUGGGGGCACAAUCACUUUCGAUGCCAACGGGGACGUUUCGGCUUCCUACGACAUUGUGACCAUUCAGAUCCUGGGCGGAGACUUCCGGCUGGUAACAGUGGGAUCGUUCAACCCCGGGGCAGCGACGGUUCAUGAGAUUCUCAUCAAUGCCAGUGGCAUUCUGUGGAACGAUCGGUUUUCCCAGGUGCCGCGCUCCGUGUGCAGCCAGAGCUGUGCUCCUGGAUUCCGGAGAGUCACCAGACAAGGACUGCCCCCGUGCUGCUUCACCUGCGUACCGUGCUCCUCGGGGGAGGUCUCACACACUACAGAUUCAGUGGACUGCCUGAGAUGUCCAGGAGAUCAGUGGUCAAAUGAAGAACGGAACAAAUGUGUCCCAAAGAUCAUAGAGUUCCUGUCAUAUGAAGAGCCUCUGGGAAUUAUUUUGGUAUCAGUGGUGACUGCGUUCUCCAUCCUGGCUGUCUCCAUCUUAGUGAUAUUCGUCAGGUUCAAAGACACUCCAGUCAUCAAAGCCACCAACCGGGAGCUGAGCUACAUCCUGCUGGCAUCUCUCAUCCUCUGCUUCCUCUGCUGCCUGGUCUUCAUCGGCCGACCUUCCACUGUCCGGUGCAUCCUGCGGCAAACGCUCUUCAGUGUGGUCUUCUCCAUCAGCAUCUCCUCAGUCCUGGCUAAAACUGUUAUGGUGAUACUGGCAUUUACAGCCACCAGAUUAAACAGCCCCUUGAGGAAAUGGUUGGGUCCAACCAUCCCACGUAACAUUGUAGGACUGUGCUCAAUGCUUCAGGUCGGGAUCUGUUCUGUUUGGCUUCACAAAGCACCCCCUUUCCCAGCACUCAACACGGAGUCUGAGAACCGUAAGAUAAUCAUUGAGUGUAACGAAGGACAAAAACUGUUUUUCUACAUGACGCUGGGGUUCAUGGGCUUUCUGGCCCUGGUAAGUUUCAUGGCAGCCUACUUGGCCAGGAACCUGCCAGGCAGCUUCAAUGAGGCUAAGCUGAUCACCUUCAGCAUGCUGGUCUUCUGCAGUGUCUGGCUCUCUUUUGUCCCGGCCUACCUGAGCACCAGCGGCAAAUACACCGUGGCUGUACAGAUAUUCGCCAUCCUGGCCUCCAGCGCCGGGCUCCUGACCUGUAUAUUCCUUCCCAAAUGCUACAUUAUACUGUUGAGGCCGGAGAAGAACAGCCGUGAGCACUUAGGGGGCAAUAAGGGAUCUUCAGUAUUUGCUGAUAGCGAUUCCCGUGUAUUUCCUUUGAGCUUCCACAGUCUCUGGUCCUACUCCAACCGUAAACUCCAGUUUGGGAACACAAACUCACCCAGACCUGACAAGGAACAAGCAAGAAAUGGGCUCCCAAUGACUUCCCAGCCGUUCCAGAGUGAGCUCUGUGUCAUGUUGUGCACAAUUUCUCUAAUGCAAACAUUGAACAGGUGCAUUAUGUACCAUCGGAAUAUCUGCGACGCCAUCAGCUGUCUGCAUGACUCAUGGGGUCGCGCAAGCCGGUCGCCGCAGAUCCAACAAAGAGGCCAGGAAUCUGUCUUCUGA